UCGCCCGUGACCUCGCCGACGAACAAUCCUUUGUAGAACUCGUCACUCGCUCCCCUGAACCUGAACCUCUCCCUGAGCCCUUCCCCAUUGAAGGAGGAUUGGACAAUGUGGAGGAGCGUAGGUGGCUCGGUGCUCUCUUCAAGAUCGGCAAGGUUGUUGCCAAAGCCGCCCACAAGGGCCACCAAGCUCACCAACGCCACAAGAACCGCCAUGGCAGGAGGGACCUCGCCGACGAAGAAUCCUUUGAAGAGCUCGUCGCUCGCUCCCCUGAACCUGAACCUCUCCCUGAGCCCUUCCCCAUUGAAGGAGGAUUAGACAACGUGGAGGAGCGUAGGUGGCUCGGUGCCCUGUUCAAGAUCGGCAAGGUUGUUGCCAAAGCCGCCCACAAGGGCCACCAAGCUCACCAGCGCCACAAGAACCGCCAUGGCAGGAGGGACCUCGCCAACGAAGAAUCCUUUGUAGAGCUCGUCGCUCGCACCCCUGAACCUGAACCUCACUACCAUGGAAAGAGGAGCAAGAUCGGUAGAAAGUUUAAAAACUUUUUCAAGAAGGCCGCCAAGGGAAUCGCCAAGGUCGCCAGUUUUGUGAUGAGGCGAAGUGAUGAGGGUGCCGUCUCCGCUGCCCCUCUUGUCGCCCGCUCUGUUGAGGAACCCAUCGAAAUUGAGGCCCGCUCCAUCGAGGAACCCAUCGAACUCGAAGCCCGCGAUGUGGAAGAGCUUGUCGAAUUGGAGGCUCGUGAUUUCGAAGAACCCAUGGAACUUGAGGCCCGCGACGUUGAAGAGUCCAUCGAGCUUGAGGCCCGCGACUUUGACGAGGUCGAAAUUGAAGCCCGUGACGUCGAGGAGCCCAUGGAACUUGAAGCCCGCGACGUUGAAGAGGUCAUUGAGCUCGAGGCCCGCGAUGUUGACGAACCUAUGGAACUUGAGGCCCGCGAUUUCGAUGAGACC